UCCCCUGCUUUAAAGUUGUUUAGAAAGUUUAACAGAGGGAGCCAAGAGAAUAUUCUCUUCCGCAGUAUUUUAAGCAGGGGAGGGUUUAUCUGGCGCUCGAGUAAGUUUUGGGGCCAUGUCGUGCUUAGCCGUCUCGAGCGAAGAAAUCACACAGCAGGAGGGAGCGCCCAAGGCUCGCAGCUCUCACGCGGUGGCUGUGGUGGGAUCCAAGGCCUAUGUGUUUGGCGGCGAGUUUGAGCCUCGCGUUCCCAUCGAUAACAAGGUCCAUGUCUUUGAUCUUCGCCAGAGGAGCUGGGCAGUGGCGGAGUCGCGGGGAGAAAUCCCCAGCGCCAGAGUUGGCGUCGCAAUGACCGCCGCUGGCAACACCAUCUUCGUGUUUGGAGGUCGGGACGAGCAGCACCAGGAACUUAACGAGUUCUUCUCGUUUGAUACCGUGACCGGCGAGUGGAGGCUCUUGUCAGCCGAAGAGACGAGUCCUCCUCACAGGAGCUAUCACACUUUAGCGGCGGACAAACAAGGCGAAAACAUCUAUACCUUUGGAGGUUGCGGAAAAGCUGGCCGUUUGAACGAUCUCUGGGUGUUUAACAUCGAGUCGAGCACCUGGAAGAAACUCCCGGAGUCGUCGACCCUGGCACCGAGAGGAGGUCCCGGCUUGGCAAUCGUCAAUGGAGCUGUGUGGGUCAUCUUCGGCUUCUGCGGGGACGAGCUUACAGACGUCCAUCGUUUCGACAUCGCCAGCCAGACCUGGGAAGAAGUUCAGGUUUCCUGCUCUUCUUUGCAGAAGCCGAUCGGCCGGAGCGUCUUUGGAACUUCGUGCGUUGGAAACAAGAUCUUCCUCUACGGAGGCGAAGUGGAUCCGAGUGACUUGGGACACCUUGGAGCUGGAGCGUUCACCGACGAGCUGCUAGUACUUGACACGGAGAAGCUGGUGUGGGAGAAGCCGAGACUGGAAGGAAAGCAUCCUGGAGCCAGAGGAUGGUAUGCUGCUGCUGGAUUCGAGAAUUCGAUGCUUGUUUACGGAGGGAACUCGGCAACGAACGAUCGGCUGGAUGACAUGUUCCUUCUUUCCGUCCGAGCGUGAUAGUUCAGGUUUGUUGGUUGUGAAUAAUGAAGUUUCGUCUGCUGUUGCUUUGCUUGAUAACCAGCUUAGUAUGAGUCUUUGUAGCCAGCAGAAAGUGGAUGUACCGUUAUGACUCUUCUUUGGAAUGGAGUCUCUCCCUGUCGAAGGUGUUGAGUGUG